AUGUGCUGCUGUUUCCGACCUGAGGCGGCGACUCUGGGCCGAAGGGAGGCGGCCAGUGCCGGGCCCGGGGAACCGCGCGCCCCCCUCGCCGGCUCGCACCGGCCGCCCCGCCGCACACCCCGCCGGAGCCCGCCGCCUGGCGGAGACUCCUCCCGCGCCCGCGCGUCCGCGCCGCCCCAGCCCGCUACCCCGCGCUCCAGGCGCUCGCGACCCGCCGACGCUCAAGGCCACUGGCUGCUGUCAGCCUGUUUUCCGCCGAGGAAGCCCCAACACGAGGACACCCCCCCCCGCCUUCGCGGACAGGGGCCCCCGCCCUCAGGAGCGCCCCCAUCCCCGCCCGCCGGCAGCCCCGAACGUCCCUGUCCGGGUCCUCCAGGACCCCACGGAGCGUGCCGGCCCGAGGUCUCCGGGCCGCCCCCCCCCCCGCCCCGCCCCGGGACCCGCGAGGUAACCCCUCCAACCUUGCCCGGGGGCCACUGCCCCGGGUGUCCCUGCCCGCCCCCCGGGGACAGCCUCCCCUCGACCCCCGCGCGGAGCUCGCGACUCCCACCUGGCGCCGUAGAAGCUUCUGGGACGGGCGGCGCGCGCGGCGGAGAGGCGGGCCGCGGCACCUCGUGCGGAGCCCGGGACCAGGACGUUCCCCGACGCCGGCCUCCAGCCCGCGGCGCCGCCGCCGCCGCCGCGCAGUUAAAUGGGGCCGGGACGGGGGCCGCCCCGCCUCUCCCGCCCCCUCCGGGCGCGCAGCGCGGCGCUGGCCCGGGGCCCAGCGGCGGAGGGCGCGCGCCGCCACCUGCACCGCCCGGCAAGUGCACGGCGCGCCCGGCCGGCCGGCCACAGCUCUGCGCGCGAGCCGGGGGGCGCCGGGGCGCGGGGGCAGCGCGUGAGGGGCCCGGGCGCGGGCCGCUCGGAGCGCGCGGGGCCUCGGCGACGGCGAGACGCGGCUGGAACGCUCCUCCGCCCGCUUCCUGGAAGCCACUCCUCGCCCUGGGCCGGCCGCCAGGCGUGGUGCCAAGAGCCGGGAUUGCCGACGCCGCCACCGCCGCCGCCGCCGCCGGCAGGCGCGCUGGGGAGAGGCGGCCGCGGCCUCGCGAGCCAAGCCCGGGGCGCCCCGCCUCGGCCGGAGCCGGGAGGAGGGCCGCCGUCGCCCCCCACCCGCCGCCGCGAGCCUCCCCGGCCCGGGCGGCCCACACGUCCCGACCUCGGGACCGACCCCGUGCCGCGGCCCGGAGCUCGCUCACCCCACCCACGGACGUCCGGCUGCGGGGUCCGCGAGCGCCCGGGUAGGGGCGCCUGCGCGCCAGGGCGUGUCACAGCCUGUGCUUAGCAGUGAGCCUGCGCUCCAGCAUUGCUCUCAGGGGCCAUUUUCAACAGCGAAAUCCCCAACAAAGAAGACAAAAAUAUGGAAAGUGGCACUGAACAGACCAUGAAACAAGAAGGCAGAGCAGGACGCCUCCCGGUCCCAUGGAUCAGGCGAUUCACGGGUUCCACCCCUUUGCCACAUGACCACGAGAGGAGCUGCAAGCACUGAUUUAUGGACCCAAAUAAAUCUUAGCAGAGAUCCCCAAGGAGCGCCUCGGGCUGCCAGAUCCAUGAUUUCAUGACUUCUUAGAACAGCCGGAUCCAUGAUUGCAAGUCAGGAGCUUAGGAAUGAGGACUGCUGCGGUUCUGGAGGUCUGAGCCAGUCAGGAUCUCUCUGUCAGGUGGGUGAAGUCGGACAGACUUUUUCUAGAAAGUUUCGAAUCUUUAGGGGUGUGAUAAGGAGGGCUAGGGUGCCCCAAAGGGUUACAAAGGAAUAGUGCUGGGGCCCUUCCCAGGGCCGGCAAACCAGGUUUCUCUGUGCCCCAAACUAAGGCCGGUUCCCAUGUGGCCUCCAGGGCUAGGAAGGUGCUGACCUGACCCGGUUUUGUGGGCAUCUCAUACUCUGAUAAUCUGCACCCACACACAUACAUGUAUGUGCAGAUAGAGUCCACUGUGGAACAGGAGCAAACCGCAGGUUCCCAGGCAAGAAUGGAUUUGCUAGUGCCUUUGAACCAUUUCACUCCGCCCUUGACAACCCUUAUCUUCUCCUUAGAGGCACAGGCCGAGUGGGGAACAUGGAGCUAUCAUCAGGAAAUCCACUAUUGUGGCCCAGAAUCGGCCACAAACUGGGGGGUUCUAGGCAAAUCGCUUCACCUCUCUGAGCACCAGCUUUCUCCAUUAUAUUGUGGACAACAGGUCCUUCCACUGUCAUCUCCAGGAUUGUCUUCAUACUCUGCUUGUAUAAUAGAGCAACACCUUCCCCAUCUAGAACUCAGCUGUAGCAGUCUCUGUGGGUCUAACCACAGCCAGAAAAGAAAAGGCCUCUGAACAUCCACCUGACGUCAGAUUUAAGCGUAUCGCAUACGAGCAAACACUUAGGUCUCGCUCGACUAUUGACUCUUUCUCUGCACAUAGUUCUAGUUUUCAAGAGUAACUUAGAGCUGUAAAUUUGAAAGGAAAAGAAAGCCUGCUAAGAAAAGAGAUAUGAACAAAGUCACUACAGAAAAACCGUAAAAGGCACAAAAGAAGUGAAAAAGACACCACAGUCAGGGACCGUGUUGUUCCCCCUCAGAAGGCUCGAGAAAAUCACUAUGUCGUGGCACCGUCCUGUGUUCACGAAUCCAGAUUAUUUAUAAAUGCAUUUGUUCAUUAGCUUCUGUUUACGGAUGUAUGGAAGUACAUGUAACGUUUUAGAACGACAUUCACUCACAAAAGGGUUCGAUUUAUGAAAAAGAAAACAAAACCAAGCAAUAUAUAUUCCUUUACCUCUUUGCUCUCAGCCUUCUGAAAAAUUCACAUCUCGAACAUCACCUCUGGCAACUCUUGGAGACCAACGUCUUAUUCCAGCGUUGAUCAAUUUGCCCCAAAAACAACAACAACAAAC